CUAUAAAAAUCCGACGAACAAAACACCACCUCCCCCACUUCACCUUCUCACUCACAGUCAUGGAAGAGAGACCGGAAACGGAGUUAAUAUCGAUUCCGGCGACACCACGUGUAUCUACACCGGAGAUACAAACGCCGUCAGGUCAAAGGUCACCGCGACCAGCUUCAAAAGAGACGAAAUCAUCGGCAUGGACACCGACGUCGUUUAUUUCACCAAGGUUUUUAAGUCCAAUCGGAACGCCGAUGAAAAGGGUUUUAAUCAACAUGAAAGGUUAUUUAGAAGAAGUGGGUCACCUUACUAAGCUUAACCCACAAGAUGCUUGGCUUCCUAUUACCGAAUCUCGUAAUGGGAAUGCUCAUUAUGCUGCGUUUCAUAAUCUAAAUGCUGGUGUUGGGUUUCAAGCUCUGGUUUUGCCUGUUGCUUUUGCGUUUUUGGGAUGGAGUUGGGGUAUAUUGGCUUUAACCAUAGCAUAUUGUUGGCAACUUUACACUUUAUGGAUUCUAGUUCAAUUACAUGAAGCUGUACCAGGAAAGAGGUACAAUAGAUAUGUUGAGCUUGCACAAGCAGCUUUUGGAGAAAGGUUAGGUGUUUGGCUUGCUUUAUUCCCAACGGUUUAUUUAUCGGCAGGAACUGCAACAGCUUUGAUUUUAAUUGGAGGGGAAACUAUGAAACUGUUCUUUCAAAUCGUUUGCGGGCCACUUUGUACGUCGAAUCCUUUAACGACGGUGGAGUGGUAUUUGGUGUUCACUUCGUUGUGCAUUGUCUUGUCUCAACUACCUAAUCUUAAUUCAAUCGCGGGUCUUUCUUUAGUCGGAGCCGUGACUGCUAUUACGUAUUCGACUAUGGUUUGGGUGCUUUCUGUUAGCCAAGAAAGGCCGCCAACGAUCUCUUAUGAACCUCUCUCGUUUCCAUCUUCUGCCGCUGCUUUCUUCUCGGUAAUGAAUGCGCUUGGAAUCGUAGCGUUUGCAUUCCGUGGCCAUAACUUAGUCUUAGAGAUUCAGGCAACAAUGCCAUCGACGUUUAAACAUCCGGCUCAUGUUCCGAUGUGGAUUGGAGCCAAGGUUGCUUAUUUCUUCAUUGCAAUGUGCCUUUUCCCUGUUGCCAUUGGAGGUUUUUGGGCUUACGGUAACCUUAUGCCAUCGGGAGGGAUUUUAAACGCACUUUAUGGAUUCCACAGUCACGACAUUCCAAGAGGUCUUCUCGCGCUAGCUUUCCUCCUAGUAGUAUUCAAUUGUCUAAGCAGUUUCCAAAUAUAUUCAAUGCCGGUUUUCGAUAGCUUCGAAGCUGGAUACACAAGUCGUACAAACCGCCCUUGUUCAAUCUGGGUUCGGUCCGGUUUUCGAGUUUUCUACGGAUUCGUCAACUUCUUCAUAGGAGUAGCAUUGCCGUUCCUUUCGAGUCUGGCCGGACUAUUAGGAGGACUAACGCUCCCGGUUACGUUCGCGUACCCGUGUUUCAUGUGGGUUCUAAUAAAAAGACCGACUAAAUAUAGCUUCAAUUGGUAUUUCAAUUGGAUACUUGGUUGCCUUGGUAUUGCUUUUAGCUUAGCUUUCUCCAUAGGUGGUAUUUGGAGCAUAGUGAAUGAUGGUCUUAAACUGAAAUUCUUCAAACCUAAUUAAAAAACAAAGUCUUUUUGGAUGUUUGCUUGUUUGUCAAGAAACAUGUUUUGAAUGUUUGGAUGUUUGAAAUUAAUGUUGUUGAGGGUGUAAUAUUUUUCAAGUGUCUUAAAA